AUGGAUUCUGAACUCAAUCUGAUUGACAUCUCUCCAUAUCUAGCAAUGUCCGGUGAGUGUGAUCAACAGAUGACUGCCCUCUGUUAUGAAGUGAGUCAGAAUUUGAGGGAAAAGGGAGCAUUGCUCUUAAAAGAUCCACGUUGUACACUGGAAGACAAUGAUCGCUUUGUUGCUAUGGUAGAGAAGUAUUUUUCUAGUUCUCUAGAGUUUAAACUCCUCCACCAAAGACCUCAGUUACAUUACCAGGUUGGGGUCACACCUGAAGGAAUAGAAGUACCAAGAAGCUUGGUUGAUAAGAAGAUGAAAGAGGAAAUGAAAAAACUGUCCAAAGAAAAUAGACCAAGUGCUCCUCUUGGUGCUGAUCUCAAAUGGCGAUACUUUUGGAGACCCAACAGCUGUUCUCAGCCAGUGAUACCUGAAGGUUUUCCUGAAUGGGAAGAAACCAUGAAUUCUUGGGGACAAAAGAUGAUGGCAGCAAUUGAAGUGGUUGCUGAAAUGACAGCCAUUGGGUUUAAUCUUCCAAAAGAUUCAUUUACUUCCCUUAUGAAACAGGGCCCACAUCUGUUAGCUCCAACAGGGAGUGACCUUGAAAAAUAUGGGAAGGAGGGAACGGUUCUGGCAGGUUAUCACUAUGACCUUAACUUUUUAACCAUACAUGGAAGAAGUAAUUAUCCUGGCUUAAAUGUAUGGUUGAGAAAUGGGAAAAAGAUUCCAGCAAAGGUUCCAUUUGGAUGUCUCCUAGUUCAGACAGGAAAACAGAUGGAGUGGUUAACGGGAGGGGAGUGUAUAGCUAGCAUGCAUGAUUUGGUAGUGACCAACCAAACAAUUGAUGCCAUCAGUGAAGCGCAAGACCAAAAACGUUGCUUCUGGAGAGUCUCAUCAACGUUGUUUGCGCACAUAGCUUCUGAUCAAAUUCUGAAGCCAUUGGGGUAUUUUGAAAGAUCACCGUUGGCAAUCAAAUAUCCACCAAUCAUUGCAGAAGAGUAUGUUGAAGAAGAGCUUAAAGUAAUUCAUGUUAAGGCAAAUAAAUAA